UGUAUAUAUAUAUAUACAUAUAUAUAUAUAUACACGUAGGAGGGAGCAAGCAAGUAAGAAAGAAAGAAGACGGAGGCGCAUUUCGCGGAAGAAGAGACGGAGAAGCUGCACGCAACAAGGCUGCAGAGAGAAGAAGAAGAAGAUCGGAUCGGGGAGAAAGGACCGAAGGAGAGAGAGAGAGAGAGAGAGUACGUAUAUAAGACUCUCUGUGGAAGAACGGGUGCGCAAGCGAGGCAUCGGGGAAGGAGCGGAUGUGCCGCGCACGAAUGAAUGAAAGAAGGCUCGGGCGAGCGAGACCUGCGCGACGAGGGACGUCGGGAGGCUGCGGGCCCCUGCUCCUGUAGCUGUUGGCGCAAGGUGCCUGCGCUAUCCUCUCUCUCUCUCUCUCUUCCCUUUCUUUCCCCGAUUGUUUGGCCUCCUAUAUAUACACACACACUUGCUCGACCGUCUUGUAAAGAAGCGAGAGAGAGAGAGAGAGAGAGAAAAGCCCGCUGUCGUCAGGUGUAUACACACGUAGGCCGCCACCGCUGAAAGACAGACGGAGCGAAGGAGGAGGCGCAGGUAUAUACACCUAGCUGCCGAUCUCGUCUCCGCAUAUUGUGUAUAUUAUACCUGCGCGACCCGAACGAGAGAAAAGAGAGAGACGGGGAAGGUGCGAUUCGCGAUAAACGGCAGCUAUAUACGCGAACGCGUCACUGCCGAGAGAUCGGUAUAGUACCAGCGAGCCCUGCCGAUCUCGUAGGAAAGAAGGAAGAGCCAACCGAUCAGGAGGAAAGGAGGCUGUUGCAAUUCUCUCUUUUUGGCUCUUUCGCGUUGUCGUACGCGCGCAAGUGGAAGGAACUCCGGUGCCAGCUGCCUGCUGUUGUUGGCGUGGACCGAUCGAGACUGGAGAUAGAAGCAAAAAAAUAAAUAAAUAACAGUACCCUUUGACACAAAAUGGCGCUUAACCAGGACGUCGGGGACACGGGUAGCGCGAACAAGCGCAACCUCGAGGUGCGCAUCGACCAGAACUCAGAGUCGGAUCUGCAGGCCCUGUUCGACAGUGUCCUCAAGCCGGACAAGAAUCGGCCGCUCCAGGUGCCGUUGCGCAUGCGCAACCUGCCCGAUUCGUUCUUCAAUCCACCCUCGACCGGCAGCAAGUCGCCCUCGAUCUCGCACUCGCGCGAAAAUUCAGCCGACUCGGCUUUCGGGGCCGGAGUCCUCGGUGGGGUCAACCCGGCGGCGGUGGCCUCGGGCAUCGUGUCCAAUGGCUCGGGGAGCAACGGCACCACCAGUCCCGGGGCUACCGGUCAGAUUCAAUCGGCCGGCUUGACGAUCGCCCAUCCCAGGGCGCACAGCAGUCCCGCCUCGUUGCAGCAGACCUACGCCUCGGCCCAACAGCAGAGCCAACACGCGCCCCAGCCCCACUCGGCCAGGCACGUGCACCACCAGAAGCAGCGCAGCUACGACGUCAUCAGUACCGUUGACGAUCUCGGGCCCCUGCCCCACGGUUGGGAACAGGCACGCACGCCCGAGGGACAGAUCUACUACCUCAAUCACAUCACAAAAACAACGACGUGGGAGGACCCUCGCAAAACCGCGGCCGCGGCAAGCGUCGCGGCCGUAGCCGCGGCAGCCGUCGAGAGCAGCAAGGCAAAUAAUUCAGCAGCUGCAGUGGCGGCAGCAGCAGCGGCGGCUGCCAACAGUGCUUUGAGACCACUGCCCGAAGGAUGGGAGCAGGCCAGGACGCCCGAGGGCGAGAUCUACUUUAUCAAUCACCCAGCGCGCACCACUUCCUGGUUUGAUCCCCGAAUCCCGGCACAUCUUCAAAGAGCUCCUCUAUCGGGUGCCAUGUUGCCCCAAAGCUGGCAACUACAACAGCAACAGCAAACAGCCACACCUGGUAUUCAGAACAACCAAACGCUCCAAGCUUGCCAGCAAAAGCUACGCCUUCAGUCCCUUCAGAUGGAACGCGAACGCUUGAAACAGAGGCAGCAGGAGAUCAUGCGACAGGUCAGUUCGCAAGAACUUGUGAUGAGACAGAGCACGACGGACGCUGCGAUGGAUCCAUUCCUGUCUGGAAUCAACGAACAACACGCACGACAAGAGAGCGCCGAUAGUGGCUUAGGUCUCGGCACCGCGUAUCCUCUGAACGGCCCGCACACGCCCGAGGACUUUUUGGCGAAUAUCGACGACAAUAUGGACGGCACAACCGAAGGAGCUCCCAUGGAUACGCCAGAUCUGUCAAUCGACACGACGGAUGACCUCGUGACUUCGCUUCAGCUUGGUGAGGAUUUCAGCAGCGACAUCCUGGAAGAUGUCCAGUCCUUGAUCAAUCCCAACCCAACCAAGCCGGAGAACAUCCUCACGUGGUUGUAGUACCACCGGUGCCAGCGGAUUCGCGAGUCGACCCACGAACCGGAGUAAACCGGCGGAGUGCAGCCGCCGCUUUAUGGCGCGUGCCAGCUGGAACAAAAGUCAAUACUCCUCACGGGACAUAAGUGCAUGAAAGAACUCAUCGAAUUUAUACGGAGCUUAUGCGCAAAGUCUGCCUUAUACAUUUAUUUUACUUUAAUAAGGAAGGACAAAAAAAAAAUAAUAAUAAUCAACAGACGAAGGGGUGCCUGAUCACGUGAAUCAAACUAUUUUGUUUCCAUCAUUAUGAUUAUUAUAAUUAUUAUUGUGUGCGUAUGUGUAAAUAUGCGAGCUUCGCCGUGUUGCUGCUGUAGUCCUUUUACAUUGUGGGAGCGCUCAGCAAGGGAACGAGGGGCGAGAGCCACAAAUUUUUAUUUCAGCAAUACGAUGUGUGUUUAAGAACGUCAAGUUUCAGGGUCUAGUGACGAGAGUCAAUUAACUACUGGCGAGACGUGACGACGUUUCUGUCCAUUUUUGUAUUCAUGUGUUUCGAUGACAAACUUAUUCCAUCCGAUAAAUACCUGUAGAUACCAUGACGUAUCAGAUUAUUCGACGCGGUUUCGUGCUUUCUAUGGAAUUGGGAAGAAAAUAUUUUGGUAUUUUGAUCGAAUUUUUAUGUAAAAAAAAAAAAAAAAAAACAAGUACAUCAGACUUAUUUUU